CUUUCAUCCUAUACACUACUUGUCAGGGCCACAAUGCUAUAGGUGUACUAGGACACAAAAAGGGACCUUCUUUUCAAGCAGUAGCUUACUUAUCAAAACAGUUAGAUCACACAGUAAAAGGGUGGGCUCCUUGUCACCGAGCUCUUGCAGCUGCAGCCCUCCUGACACAGGAAGCUAAAAAGUUUACAUUAGGACAAUCUAUUACAGUACACUUACCUCAUCACCUACGUGACCUUAUCUCACAUAAGGUGCUCCCCACCCUAAUGACCCCUUCUGGCCUUCAACAGGUACACUUAGCUCUCUCUCAAGACCCUUGCAUCUCCAUUGCAACUAGUGGUCCUCUUAAUAUAGCCACCUUACUUUCCACCUCAGAGGGCCAUCCUCACUAUGACUCUAUAGAGUUUUUACAGAUGACUCCCACUUCUUUCCCUCACAUCAGUAGCACACCUCUCUCUUUGGCCUUUGACACAUGGUUCAUAGAUGGCAGUUCAACAAACACAGACAACCAAAAGAAGGCAGGAUAUGCAAUAGUUAACCAGUCAAAAGUUAUAGAGGCAAAUCCACUGCCACCUGGGACCUCUUCCCAGAGGGCAGAACUUAUUGCCCUUACAAGGGCCCUUACACUAGCAAAAGACAAGAUUACAAAUAUAUACACUGACUCAAAGUAUACAUUUAGCAUCUUACACUCUCAUGCCUCUAUUUGGCAAGAAUGGUGUUUUAUUCCCACUCAAGGAACCCCCAUUAUUAAUGCCCCCCUUAUCCUUAAGCUUCUAGAGGCAGCCCAGCUUCCAAAGCAGGCAGCAGUCAUCCAUUGCAGAGGACACCAAAGCUCUACAGAUCCUAUUGCUCAAGGCAAUGCCUUUGCAGAUUCACAAGCCAAGUUAGCUGCACAAGGGCCCUGCCCUUCUCAUCUUCUCCCAUUAGUCCCAAACAGUCUACCUCAGCCCAAUUAUACACCAGAGCAGUUACAGUUACUUCAUAAACCAGGUUACACACAAAACACUCAGGGAUGGAUUUUUCAGGGAUCUAAACUUGUUCUCCCACAUCAACAAGCCUCAGACAUCAUCACCAACUUACAUAACUGUUUUUAUAUAGGAUCUCAGGCCCUACACAAACUCUUGGCCCCAAUAGUCACACACCCUUCUCUAAAAGCCAUCAUUCUUAAAACUACUCAAACCUGUGAUCUCUGUGCCAGGACCUCUCCGCAGGGAUGCAUGGCACCCCCUUCCUUUCCUACCCAUCAAUUUCUGGGACACACCCCUGGUUAGGACUGGCAGAUAGAUUUUACACACAUGCCCCACCACAAGACUCUCAAAUAUCUUCUCACUUUUGUUUGCACCUUUUCAGGGUGGAUAGAAGCCUUUCCCACAACCAGGGAAAGUGCUGAUAUAGUUACCAAAAUCAUAUUAUAAGAAAUCAUUCCGAGGUUUGGUCUACCUCAGAGUAUUCAGUCAGAUAAUGGUCCCGCCUUUAUUUCUUGGAUCACUCAACAGGUAUCCUCGAGCUUACACAUCACCUGGCACCUACACAUCCCAUACCAUUCGCAAUCCUCAGGAAAAGUAGAAAAGGCAAAUGGCCUUAUAAAGACACACCUUACAAAACUCACUUUAGAACUACACCAACCUUGGUCUCAACUUUUGCCCUUAGCCUUAGCCAAGCUCAGGGCACUUCCCCGGGCUCCUACUUUCUUAAGUCCUUUUGAACUUAUGUAUGGUGGGCCAUUCUUAAUCCACAAUCUUCCUGCUCCCCAAAAUCUCCCUCCCCUGGCUGACUAUGUCCCAGUCCUCUCCUUCCUCUGACACCUGUUGCGACAACAUGCUGAUCUCUGCCUUCCACAACCAUCUGGAAAGGCCAAACCAGAUCCUCCCAUAUCCCCAGGAGAUCUAAUUUAUCUCAAAUGUUCUAAAUCCACAGGACUACAACCAAGGUGGAGUGGCCCUUGCCUGGUCUACUUGGCUACCCCUACAGCGGUCAGAGUUGCUGGACUCCCAUCCUGGUUUCACAUCACUCAGGCUAAAAGUCUGACAUAGGUACAUUCACCAGUGAAGUUGUCCUGGCUAAAACACUUGGCAUCAGCAUCUACCUGGGCAUCAACCUUCAUCCCGUUGACUCCCCUAGGCUCCAAUACAGUGCCCCCUGCCAGCAGGAAGUAGUUAAAGAGAGAAAUCUUUGCCCUUUUCCUAAUAAUCAUAAGAUGGGAUAUGAAAGGGUUGCUGGCCCAGACACUGUAGCCAGAAAAGCCUCAGCCGGAAUUAGGGAGCUCCUGCCUCCCCCGCCCCUAGAGAUUUACCCGUAACCUUAUACCCCCCACCCUUCAAAACCUGCCCCUGGCGCCAAACGUGUGCCAAUGAAAUACCUGUGCAUCUCUAAUGGCCUUAGGGCACUGCCCUAAGCUUAGGCUACUUAUAUUCCCCCACGCCACGUGUCCGCGAGAGAGAUUGCCAGAUUCCAGCGGCCAGUGUGCCAGUCCUCUCUCCCCAUGUUCCCGGAAUAAAGGCCUCUUUUGUCUUAUA